AUGUCUUGUGGACUGCGUCAAGCUGAACGAUUUGUUAAGGCUGAACGGCUGCAACAAAACAAGAAUCAGCUGUCGUCUUUUGGUGAGAUCGCUCUUGAAUCUUGUUAUCAUAUACUUGCAUACGAAAUCAAAUUGUUCACAACAAACGAAAUAUUUUCAUCUAAGCGGAUUGCAGAACCUGAAGAUAUGGAGAGGUUGUCUGUCCCGGCCAACCUGCUCUCCUCGUCUCCACCAAUCGGCUGCUUCCUCGGCCACCUUCCCAUUCGUACCCACUCGUCGAUCUGCCAUACAAUAUCCUUUCGCCCUCUUGUCAAGCCAACUUUGUUUCAGCUUUUUACAAGUAGGCUGCUCCAGACUUCUGUUAAUUACGCCAAACGAAGACAAUGCCUUGAAUGGGAAUUCAGGCGAAACAAUGCUUCACAAGACAGGGUGGCAGACGAGCAUAGUUUGCUCGGCUCUGACCCUGUUUAUCCUCACUUGGUACCACGGUUGAAUGUACCUGAGAGGGGUUUUGUGUCCGCAUGCCUGUUCACCGACCCGAUGGCCAACAUCUCGUCAGCUCGAGUUCACGACAACUGCCGGCUGUACUCUUAA